UACUAACACACACAAUGAAUAAACAUUCCAAAUUGAAUUGAGAGAAAAAAUGAGUGAGAUUGAUGAUGAGGAGGAGGAGAUUUGCAGUUAUGUUAUGCAUCUCGAGCGCGCCUUCAACAAGUCGCCUCGCACGACUAGAGUAAAUGGGUGGAAUGAGAAAGACAUGUUCUGGCUUCCAACAAAUGAGGUGGUUGAGGAACUAAAUAGAGCCGUCGUGAUGAUGGAAAUAAUUUCCUUCAACACGCAGCUCACCCACAACAACCCCUUGGAGUCAACCACCAGCCGCGGAUGGGACCAGCGCCACCAGAGGCAGCUGUGUUUGGCCUGCGACAGGCCAGUCGCAACCAUCCUGGUGAAUUUCACGUGGUCACCUGCGGAAGGGAAAUGCAUCCCAGGAGCUGGAUGUAUCACUGUCGCAUCUGCGAUCUAUACUUCCACCUAAAAUCCCAGGAGCUGGAUGUAUCAUUGUCGCGAAUGCGGUCUAUAUAUACUUCCAUCCAAGAUCCCAGGAGAUGGAUGUAUCAUUGUCGCCAAUGCGAUCUAUGCUUCCAUAGGAAGGCAAGUAUAGAAACAUCAAAUUGGGGAAGAAUGUUUGAAUUCCGCACACUCUCACCUAUCAACUUCUCACCACAAAACGGGUGUUGCGACGUUUGUGCUCGGGAAUCAUGCAACUUCUUCAUUUGUCUCGACAAUUGCCCAAGAAAUGGUCAAAUAUAGGGCUGAGCAAAAUAUCCGUGCUCUAAAUAAUUGAACAAUGUAUGUCAUCAAGAAUCAUGCAACUUCUUCAUUUGUUUCGACAAUUACCCUAAAAAUGGUCAAAUAUAGGGGUGAGCAGAAUAUCCGUGUUCUAAAUAAUUGAACAAUCUAUGUCGUCAAGAAUCAUGCAACUUACAAUUGCCCUUAAAAUGGCCAAAUAUAGGUGUGAGAGGAAUAUUCCUACUCCAAAUAAUUGAAGAGAACUAAAUCACAAGUAUUAAUUGGUUCGUAUUUUUUCGGAUUUUCAGAUUUGAUCAAUUUAUUUUCCUUCAAAUUUUGGAUUUUUGGUUCGAUUGGCAUUGGUUUUCUUAUUUUUUUGGAUUUUCAGAUUGGAAUAUAUUUUAAAUUCAAUAAAGGAAAUCUAUUAUUUCUGUA